AUGGCUCCGCUCCGCCGCCUCCGCCUCUGCCUGCUGCUGGCUCUGCUGCCGCCGCCUCCCGCCGCCCCGGCACCGGCACCGGCACCGGGACAGGCACCGGGACAGACAGCGGGACAGACACCGGGACAGACAGCGGUACCGGUACCGGACUGGGCCGCCUGCAGGGUCCUGUCCCGGGAGCUCUCGCGGCUGCUGGGGACGGUCAGGGAGCCGCACCCGGUGCUGGAGGGGCUGCAGCUGCUCGAGGACGAACCCCAAAAUUGGCCCCCCCGGAUCCGCUGCAGCGACGCCUGCGACCCCCUGAGCCUGGAGAGCAACCACACGCGCUGCCUGCAGCGGGUCCGGCAGGCGCUGCAGCACUACCGGGACCUGCUGGGCUCCGACAUCUUCCGCGAGCGGCCGCAGCCGCAGCUGCAGAGCGCCCUGGAGCGGCUGCUGCGCCACGUCCCGGACGGGCAGGGCCGCCCCCCCCGGCCCCUCCUGGCGCCCACCCAGCUCUGGGAGCAGCCGCUGCAGCGACACCUGGCCCUGAACCGCCUGCGCUCCUUCGCCGCGCUCAUCGGCCGCGUCUUCAGCCACAGCGCCCGCUGAGACCCCCGGACAUCGC